AUGUCCGUCGACUUGUCCCACCCCGACAUCGCAGCCGCACGUGCAUCCAUCUCCAACCCGUCGGACCCUGCCGCCUGGCUUCUCCUGCAGUACGCGAGCCCCCCCUCCACCACGCAACUCCCGCAGCUCCUUUUGCUCGACUCCGGCCCCCUCCCGGUCUUGCCGGCAUGGCAGCACCAUCUCCAAAACACACACCAAAGUAUCUUAUUCGGCUACGCCGAGAUUGCAGAGAAGGGUCUGGUCCUUGUGUAUCUCACGCCGGAUGUAGGGGGUGUAAAGCGGGCACGAGCUAUCGUGCAUUCUCGAGCUUUCGCGAGUUUGUUCCCUGACUAUUCCGCAAUAAUUACCAUCUCCCACCCUUCCGAACUCACCGAACAACUCAUCACCGAUCAACUCGCCCUUAACCUUCCUUCUGCCACUUCCCUUCCUGCCUGUGUGCCCGUGGCCUCGACGCGGUACGUCGUUCCAGGGGCGGAUGUCUUGGUACCAGAUCCACUAUCACCUCGAGCUGCUGGAAUGGGCAGGGAUUUACCGAGUCUACCUUUUCCCACAUCAAAUCAACAGAGUUUACAAACGACGCAGCUACAGACCUCACAGUUACCGCCAUUACCACCUUUACCUCCUUCCCCCAUCCCGCCGUCACCUGUGUCGAAAGAUGAGACUGGAAUCAAUCGUGUAAGCAAUGCGAACGAGAUGAAUGAGGACAAUCAAAUAGAGAAAGGAAUGGAUCUGGAAGAGGGAGGCGAACAGGAGCGCGAGGAUGGACUGGAGGAUAGUCAUGGAUCAAGGUUUGAAAAUGGGAAUGGAAACGGAAAUGUGAGCACAAACACAAACACAAGCAGCAGAAAACCAGUCCCCGCUCUCUCUCUUUCACCUUCCCCUCCCCGCCCACCUCGCCAUUCGCAACCGCGUACACCACCCAAACCCCAGCCUAUCCUCCUCCCCACCUCCGCUCAUGCCCCUGCUACCUCUCUUGAUCUUGUACCUGCCCCAGCUACCCCAACUCAAGGAACAGGAGGAACGGAAACCCGCAAAUCUUCAACUCCGCUCUCCCUAACAUCCCGCCUCAAAAACACAUUCCACCGCUCGUCACUCAAAGACAAAGAUUCCCCUACCGUUGUCCCCUCCUCUCCCACCGCCACACCUUCAUCCCCUUCCGUUCCGUCUUCUACCAACAAUGCCAAGCCAGAUGGUCUAGGUAGCCCGACCUUUAAUCCCAAUGCGACUUCGAUGCCUCAUUCGCCGAGCACGCCAAGUGCAGGAAAGUUCAAAGCUAGUUCUCUAAGCAAAGUAUUUGGGAAACGAAAAUCCUCUGGUACCUCCACAUCUACGCCUUCCGGGGCGGGGACGUGGGCUGGGCGAGGUGAGGGACCAAAAUUGACAGAAGAGCCAGAAGGGCAGAGGAUCGAUGAAUUUGGGAGACCGCCACAGGCGGAAGAAGGUCUUCAAGUGUUUUCCCAGUCGACUGGAAUAGACCCACCGGCUGCACCUGCAUCAAUGCCGAUUGGUUCUCCAUCCUUGGCAACAGCACCUACGCCCCCACCAAAAUCUCCUCUUCCCCGUCCUUCCGAUCCUUCCGAUCCUUCCGAUCCAUCCGGUCCCACGGACGAGCUUAACUCCUCUCCCACGUGUUUGGAACCAGGGCCAGGGCUCGCCACACCCCUUCCGCCUAGAGGUAGCUCACUGCGUCCUCAACAUUCCCCUUCACCUUUAUCUUCUCCUGGAGCACAAGAAGGACAGAGCAUCAGGGCCGGAAACACCGCCUUUCCCCUCGCAGGCGUCCCACUCUUAGGUCCCGAAGCACCCCUGCCCCACCUCCCGCCUUCAUCCCCUUCCUCCCACAGUCACCACGGCCUUGACAGUAAUCUGGAAAGAGUGGGAACACCAUACUAUACCCCUUCACUUAUGCAACCUUCCCCUUCCUUUCAACCGCAAGAAGAGGGAACUCAACACCAGCCACAUACUUAUCCUUCUCGCCUCCACCCUCACACGCAAAUCCCGUCUCAUUCUCAUCCAUCGGCAACGGCAACGACGCUGCAACCCCCGCUGUCACGUUCUACAUCUCUUUCUCCCUCUGUCCCACUCCCCGCCACAUUGGCCACAACAACAUUGGACCCAGUUUAUACAGCUGAUACCCAGGGUGCUUACGCGAACGCGGAGGAGGAUAGGGAGGAGAUCGAGGCUGAGGAAGGAAAGCAACGGGAUAGGGAUAGGGAGAGGGAUAAGGAAAGGGAAAGUGUUCUGCUAGCUUACGAUCGGCCUGAGAUUGAGCCAGAGUCGGAUCCGAGGCAAGUGGAGAGUACGACUGAAAUCAUGGAGGGAAUGGAAAAGGGUUUCUUCCCACGUCAAGGUGAACAAGUGUCUGACGCUUCGGCUCCCAGCCCCGUUUCCCUACGCGCACCUGCGCCUGCAUCUGUGGAUGAGUACGACAGCCCAUCUCAUCCCUCGGCUUUACAGCCUCCCUCGCCCCUUCAUCCCGCCGCUUCUAUCCAUGCUACCGUUCCCCAUCUCGCCGAGGGACAAGCAGAAGAAAUGGAGAAAGAAACUCCCGUGGAGACGGAAGAGGCAAAAGCGGAGGUAGAAGGUGAUGAACAAACUGAAAAAGAAGAACAACGACAACGUCUCGAACGUGAACGCGAACGCGAAGUCCUUGAAGCUCAACAAAUCGCGCAAUGGCAAGCCGCCGAGACGGCUCGCUGGGAAGCUGAAGAAUCCGCUCGUCUCGAACAGGAAGAAGCGGCGCGUCUUGCCGCGGAGGAACAAGCCCGACGAGACGCGGAGGAAGCGGAACGGUUUAGGUUAGAAGAGGAAGAAAGGAUGAGAGCAGAGGAAGAGGUGAGGCGUCAAAAGGAGGCGGAAGAGGAGGCUCGCCGGCAGGUGGAAGAAGAACAGAGGCGCCAACGGGAGAAGGAGGAAGAGGAGAAGAGGCAGGUGGAGGAAGAGGAGAGGCGAAAGAGGGAGGAGGAAAGGAGGAAGGAGGAGGAGGAAAGGAGGAAGAGGGAAGAGGAGGAAGAGCGAGAGAGGAAGCGUAUGGAGGAAGCGGAGGAGAGGAAGCGGACAGUGAGAGAUGGAUUGGAGAGGGGCAAACGAGAAGGAGGAGUUAUGUUAAAAGGCUGGGUCACGGUACAAACGUGCAAAUCCCUGACGUGGCGAAGACGCUAUUUCCAACUGUUCCCUCGUGAGAUGCAAUUGUUUAAGAACGAGAAUGACACCAAGCCGAUCCAAACCAUUCCCCUCUCCAAAUCCACUGGCAUAUCAGAAACGUACGAAGAAUCUCAAGUGAAAGAUAGCUUCAUGAUCACGUCUGGCGAUGAAGGCGAAGGUGGAGAAGCGUUUUUCUUGUUUACAGACUCGGCGGAGGAUAAGGAGUUUAUCUUGGACGGGAUGAGGCUUUGUAUUGGGUGAUCUUUUUGUUAUUUUUAUUAUAUUUCUUGGAAACUAUUUCUUGGAAACUAGAAUGGGGGUUAUACGAAGGAAGAAAAGGUGAUCAGAAGUUGGGCGCCGCGUAUUUUUUUGGUGCCAGUAUCUGAUCACUGGGUGCUGGACAUGCAGCCGUUAUGGUAAUGCAGGCCAAUAUACUGUU